AAGUGCCUACAUAGACAUCAUCUGUGUGUGGGCAUCACAGGCACGCGCAGCAUUUCUGUGCGGGAACGCGCUCCUGAUGCCCACAGAGUUGCCGCGUGAACUCGUGAACAGCAGAAACUUAUUUUCUAGAUGUCAUUUGAAGAGUUGCUGUCGACCUGACGGAUGUUUGCCGGUUGUUUAACGGAGUGUGCUCGUCGGUCAUUCUAACGGAUCCGUUACCGAAGCUCCGGGAGCGAUGAUCGGGAAGGAGCGGGGCUCUCCGGCAUCCAAGCCGCCUCCGGGCGCCUCACCUGCGGCUGCAGGACUCAGCGCGACCCGCGGGAGAUUUUCCAGAGCCAGGAGGAAACACAGCAAUGGAUCCGUCCAGUCGAGCUCCUCCAGUGGUACGGGUCAGUCAGUGGAGAGCAUCGGGACCCGUCAGCCAUCCAGAAUGCGGAUCCGGCGGCAGCAGCAGCGUCUGUCUGCGGUGUUCAGUCGAGGAGAAACAAACGCAGAUGCGGCGGCGGUGCCUGACGAUCCCUCUGAACUCUCCAAUCACAUCACGGCUCCGGGGAUUCUGAAGAUCUUUGGCACUGAGAUUUGCGAAGGAGCCAAUUAUAAGAGUGUGUUGGCGACCACACACUCCAGCGCCAGAGAACUGGUGAAAGAGGCACUGGCCAGGUAUUCAGUGAGUAAAGCAGACGCGGGUGAGUAUGUGCUGUGCGAUGUGAUUGGCUGCGUGGUGAACCACAGCUGGAGGACGGAGUGUGUUCGCGCGCUCGGAGAAAAUGAGAAACCGCUCCUGCUGCAGUCGCUCUGGAAACCCAGAGAAGGAUUCGCUCGCCGGUUCGAGAUCCAGCGCAAGGCCACGCUGGAGGAACAAAACUCCAGAGACGAGGACACGCUGACCGCUGGUAUAAACGCUCAGGCGCGGAAGCUGCAGAAGACUCGCUCCAGAGGGAAAUCAGUGUGUGUGAGAGACAACGACACACUCAGUCUGUUCAAGAGUCUGAGCGAGACAGACCUGAACUCCUGCACACACACCUGCACAAACCACACACACACUCCAGAGGCUGAAAGCCUGAACACCUGCACACACACCAGUACAAAUCACACUCGCAUUCCAGACACUCAGUGUGCAGACGGAGAGAGAGAAGAGACGGAGAGCAGCGACGACAACUGCACACAGUACUGCAUUCACCCACCGACACACUGCCCAUACCUGCUGCUGCUGCAGGGAUACAGCCACAGACAGGAUCUGCUCCUGUAUGCUCUGGUCAGCAGCUGCACGGUGUUCGGUCAUCAUGUGAAUCUCUCUGACACUGAAAGCGAUGUGAACGCUGUGUGUCUGUGGGAUCCAGAUCUGCUGGAGCGUCACUGCUGCAUCCGGCGAAAGGACAUCAACACUGGACCCAGUCUUCUGAAGCCUCUGAGUGGAGCCGCCGUGCAGAGAAACGGAGCCGCAGUGCAGGACGAGGUGGAGCUGCGGUCCGGAGACUUCAUCUCCAUCGGGGAGCAUUACCUGCUCAUGUUUAAGGACCCGACAGCUCCUGGCGCACCGCUCACGACACACACUCGUCCCGUCCUCCAGCAGGUGUGUGUGGAGUGUGUGUGUCCGCGAGCGUUCAGAAACCUGCAGGGUGAGGAUCUGGAGCUGGUGUAUGAUCUGCAGCAUGAACACACACUUCUGGAGGAGAUCUUCAGGCUGGCGGAGGAGCUGCACACACACGCACACGCGCACACACACAAGCUGAGCGUGGCGUUCCUGCUGUGUGUGUGUGUGCAGCGCUCCGUCAUGCACUUCUCCACGGCGGACCUGCGGCGGCUGCUGCUGCGAGUGGCAGAACGCAUACAGACCAGCGUCUGGGAAAAGGCGAAGGAACUUGCAGCUUUACAGCCUGAAAAUGACCGUGAGCUGCUGGUGGCUCUGGAAGCGAUGCUCUUCUGGAUGUCUAGCUCUCUGCAGCUCCUGUAUUUCGUUCAGCAGGAGGUCCCGCGGCUCCAGAAACAGAAGCAGCCCUUCAUCACAGCUCAUUCAGACGCAGUGGAGCUGCACUUGGCCAUUGAGGAGACGCUGAGCGUUCUGGAGGAGGUGUUCAUGUUCUCCUUCCAGCAGUGCGUCUACUACAUCACUAAGGUCCUGUACACACUCCUGCCGGCCGUUCUGGACAGUCAUGCGUUCUCUGCGAGCGAGUGUGUGUCGGUGCAGCGGGUGCUGGAGGUGUUGAUGCAGACGCUGCAGACACUCAGAGAACAUCACCUUCAUCCAGACGUCAGAUCACAGCUCUUUUCAUACCUGUUCUACUUCAGCAACACACUGCUGUUCAACCUGCUGAUGGAGAGAGGCUCAGGAGGAGGCUUCUUCUGCUGGUCUCGUGGUGUUCAGAUCCGGGCAAAUCUGGAUCUGCUGCUGGACUGGACUGAAGCUUCUGGACUCUCAGAUCUGGCUCAACAUUUCCUGCUCAAACUCUCGUCAGCUGUCAAUCUGCUGGCCACGCCCAGAGAAACCCUGCUGCAGAUGUCGUGGUCUGCUCUGCGUCUGGAGUAUCCAGCACUGAACGCCGCUCAGCUCCAUCAUCUCCUGAGUCAGUAUGAGCCUCAGCGGCGCUGCAAACACACCUGCUGCUGGACACCACCCACUGACACAGAGAGCUGCGCCGCACACACCACCGCGGACCUGCUGGAGUGUUUUGAUGCUCCUCCUCCUCUGGUUCUGCCCGGCGACGGCUUCCCCCUGCAGUUAAACAGAGCCGUGACAGAUCUCAGCCUGAUCCAGAGUCUGCAGCUGCUCCAGAAGCGGAUCCAGAACAUCACUGAUCCAGAGUCAGCCACUGCGCACACACACACGCCUCCGCAUGUCUCUGCCGUGGUGAUGGAGGCCAAGCGCACUAAACUAAAGGUUCCUCCUAAAGCUCGUCUGGAGCCGUCGGGUCACUCAGAGCUGCAGUUUCCUCCUGAUCUGGACUCCUGUGGAGAUCUUUUAUCCCAGACUCUUCAGAAUCUGGAGCUUCAGGAUGAAGAUGGUUCUGUUGCAGCGCUGGACUCGUCCUGUUUGCUGACGCCACCGAACACCCCGAGACAAACUGAAGACGAUGCAGAGCAGAGUGAGUGUAAUGAAGCUGCUGUUGGAGAUGAUGAAGAUGAAGAUGUGUUUGUGCUGGAGUUACAGAGAGCGGCGUGUGGUUUGGGUCUGCUGCUGGUGGACGGAGAGGAAACAGCAGGACUGGGCGUCAGUGGGAUCUUCAUUAAAUCAAUUCUUCCAGAUUCUCCUGCUGCGUUAUCAGAGCGUCUGAAAUCUGGCGACCGCAUCCUCGCAGUCAAUGGAAAGAGUCUAUCCGGAGUCGAUUAUCAGACAGGAAUGGAUCUGAUUCAGACGUCAGGAGAACGCCCGCGGCUGCUGGUUUCCAGAUCUUACCGCACUAUAAGAGAAACACCAGCAAACUCUCUGUGUGAUCUGGGAGACUGACUACACUACAACAAUAUCUGUCAAUGUUUCCACUUUCGUCCAAAGUAUUUUUUAACUAUUUACAGUUAAUAGUUGUUGGAAACAAGAUCUCCCAUAAUGCAAAUCAAAACCAUAAAUAAAUGUGAGAGCUUCUAAUGUAAGGAUAUGUUUUACAGUGUAAAUAACUACAACAAAUUAGCUCUAACAUGUGCCUUUUCCCCAUUUUAUUGCUAUUUUAAUUCUGUUAUCUUUGCAUUUUUUAUUGAAGAUGAAUGGAAAUGAGUGGAAAAAUUAAUGUAUAUGUUUUUAUUGCAUAAUGUAUGAAAUAAAUGUGUGUCUGCUUAACUAAAACAAAUAUAGCAAAAAUAAAACAAGUCUUAUAAUAUUUGAGUGCUACUUAAAAAUGUAAAAUUUAUUUUUGUUAAAUUUGUUCAGUAAUUUGAGU